AUGUACGAACACAACAUUCGCUUAUGGAAGCUGAUCCCCAAGGAAGACCGCAAGAAGAUCCACGAGUACCUCUUCCGCGAGGGCGUGCUCGUCGCGAAGAAGGACUUCAACCUGCCCAAGCAUGGCGAGAUUGACACCAAGAACCUCUACGUCGUCAAAGCCUGCCAAUCUCUCACCUCCCGCGGCUACCUCAAGACCCAGUUCUCGUGGCAGUGGUACUACUACACCCUGACCCCCGAAGGCCUCGACUACCUCCGCGACUGGCUCCACCUUCCCGCCGAGAUCGUCCCGCAAACCCACGUCAAGCAGCAGCGCUCGCACGCACCACCGCGUGGCAUGAUGGGAGGAGACGACCGCGGUGAGCGCCGUGGUGGAGGACGCGGCGGCCCACGUGGAGACCGUGAGGGUGGCUACCGUCGCCGUGAAGAAGGUGACAAGGAGAGCGGAAUGGGCGCGGACCGUCCGUUCAGGCCUGGCUUCAACCGUGAGGGUGGUGGUGAUCGUGGUGGAAUCGGUCGUGGCCGGGGCGCCGCACCUCCGUCCUAG